AUGAUGCCGGCAGUUUUUCUGAGCACAACUACUUAUUUCCUGAUAACAGCCUCUCUCGUGGCACUGCUGAUGCUGCUGAUUGAUCAUGGCAGAGCGAGGCGGAAGAGGACUGUCUCCGGAAUCAUUGAGGAGGGCAUUCUCGGGGAGAUCAAGAGGGAUGAGGUGCCUGAGGCCCCCGGGCCCAAACCAUGGCCAAUUAUUGGGUCACUCGAUGUUCUUGGGCGGCAUGAUGUGCCCUACAAGGCAUUCGGUGAACUCGCUAAGCAGUACAACAGCCAGAUAAUCAAGCUCAGGUUGGGAUCACUCAACUGCAUUGUUGUUAAUGGACUGGAGAACAUCAGGGAAAUUCUCUACACGAAGGGCACGCACUUCGACUCGAGACCCAAUUUCACGAGGUACAAUCAACUCUUCGGGGGAGACAAGGAUAACUCGCUGGCGUUCAGCAACUGGUCUGAUUUGCAGAAAAGCCGGCGUGAGAUGCUCCGUGUCCACGCAUUUCCGCGGGCACUCACUGCCAAGUACAAUCAGCUUAACAGCCUGAUCGCCAAGGAGCUCGAGUGCCUGUUGGGUCAUAUUGACACCGAGGCAAGUGCCAGUGUCAAGGUCGCUGUGAAGCCCGCGAUACUGAAGACAUGCGCCAACAUAUUCACGAAUUACUUCACCUCGAGAAGAUUUUCCAACGACGAUGAAGAGUUUCAGGGAAUGGUUGAGGCCUUCGACAACGUCUUCUGGGAGGUGAAUCAGGGUUACGCCGCGGAUUUCAUGCCCUUCCUGAUGCCUCUGCACGCGAGAAAUUUGCGGCGGGCUGCUCAAUGGGCCCAAACCAUCCGAAAAUUCGUGGUGACGAGGUUGAUUGAGGACAGGAGAUCGUCGUGGAGCCAAGUCAUUCCGGAGAAGGACUACGUCGACUGCCUGAUAAAUCACGUGCAGACGAAUGCCGAGCCGAUGAUGUCGUGGAAUACGGCUCUGUUCGCCUUGGAGGACAUCCUCGGGGGACAUGCAGCCAUCGGGAAUUUUGUCGUUAAGAUUCUGGGGUACCUGGCGCCCAGGAGACAUGUCCAGGAGACAGCGCAGAAGGAGAUUGACAGCGUCGAGGGAGUCGGAAAUGUCGUGGGCUUGGAGUACAGGAGGAGUAUGCCGUAUACAGAGGCCAUUCUACUGGAGUCUAUCAGACUCAUCGCCAGCCCUAUUGUGCCGCAUGUGGCGAAUCGCGACAGCUCGGUUGCUGGUUACAAAGUCGAGAAAGACGCCUUCAUAUUCCUGAAUAAUUACGACUUGAACAUGUCCGAAGAUCUGUGGAUGUCGCCCCAAGAAUUUAUCCCCGAGAGAUUCAUAAAAAAGGGGAGAAUAUCGAAACCCGAGUACUUUCUGCCGUUCGGUGGAGGCAGAAGAUCCUGCAUGGGGUAUAAAAUGGUUCAGUACGUCAGCUUCUCGAUAGUUGCGACAAUUCUCAAACAUUACACACUUCUGCCCGUCGAAGGUGAGAGCUACAGUGUGCCUGUUGGUAGUCUAGCGUUGCCACUCAAAACAUUCAACUUUAGGUUCGAAAAGAGAUGAUUAAUUAUAAUUUAAUUUGCCUAAAAUGUUAUCUUUCAUCCAAAGAACUGCGAAUCGUAAUUAAUUAAUGAUUACGGAAAUUAUUAGACUUUAAGGUAGGAUAGAAUAUUUUACUCGUUCUGAUUAUUGUUCUUGAUUGUCACACUCGGAUCAGUCGAUCAUGAAGAACGGACUGAUCUUAGUAUUAAGUAUUUAAGGUGAAUAUUAUAUAUUUUUGCGAGUGAUAAGUCACGUCAUCAACUCAUCGACUUCAUGUUUUUUUCUAAUUUAUUGUUGAUGCGAGAAAAUGAACAGUAGACAGCGGAAUAAUUGUGAAAUCAUCUCAUCACUCCUCUGAAGUAAAUCCAAAUCGUUGACUCAUACUUUUGUUAUACGUCUGUUAUUUAAUCGAAAAAAAACAAUUUACAACU